GAGAAAUUCUUCCUCCAGGAAGAAAUUUGGAGAGUUUCUUCCAGCAAUGGCUUCUCCAAGGCGCCGAUCUCAACGCGCCGGUGUUUGAUCUCGCGAGACUGUGCAGCACGGUACCAUGGAUUCACAGCCAGGAAGGCUUGAGGAUCUGGAAGACGAUCUAUUGGAGCGCAUCCUGAUCUUGCUCGAGUCGCGAGAUCUUUGUGCACUGGCAAGCUGCUCAAAAUCUCUCUGGAAAAUCGGUUGUCGCGAUGGAAUCUGGGCCAGCGUUUUCAAGAGACGCUGGCCCGCGGCCACCCCUCACAAGCAGCCUCACGAGGUAGCUAAUUUUCUUUCUUGUGAUAGAUUUCGUUUAAGCUUCUUCAAGGACUGGAGAACAUCGUACGCUCAUCGCCACCUUGAGAUGGCAAGCUUGGCCAGAGCCGUGAUCGAGUUUGUGAGAAUGUACGCCUGCGAAGAAUCGCUGGAAGUCGCUAACUAUCUCAACGCUCUCGACCUCCUGUGCGUGCGAGACAUUGGCUUCCAGGACGUUCUCAUCAAUCUGUUCUCGCCAACUUUGAGCGUCCUGGUGAAUCUAAUCGGCUUGCACUACUCGCUCGUCCAUCUCAAGAUCCAGGAUGAGACGCCCUCGUUGGGAGGAAGAUUUCCGAUCGACACAUAUGCUUUCGGUGGUGGAGCAUGGGUGUUUGGUCCAAUGGCUUCCGCCGGCGAGACGAGAUGCACAUGAAGAUAGCGUCCUUGUACGAGCUCACUGAGCCUCGCCAGCGAUUUCUCUUCAAGGUGAUGGAACGAGGGACUGUUCAUGAGGUUUUGCGGGUGCAAAUAUCAGCAGAUUUUAAAUCCAGCGCUUGGGUUUGGAGGGAUAUGCACUCGCAGCGGUAGCUACAGUUGUUAGGAUAGUGCGACGGCUUGGCCAUGAAAUUCGCGAGGGCUCUUAGACAGAUUUCUGGUGUUUUUAGCACUGAUCUUACAGAAAUUGGGCUCGCGGUAGAGUCACAGCGCAUGGGAGUGCUUGAGCUUCCAUCGAUUUGAUUUUGAGACUUUCAGAAACUACUUCGCAGGAAAAUCUAAAAAGCUUGUUUUCAUCCCAGUAAAAUCUGUAAAAUACAUAUGAACCUUGUAUUCAGCCGCGUCAGCAGCCAACGUGGCCAUGACGUGGGUUGGGAUAAGCUACCACGUGGCGGUAGCAGGCUCUUUCGUUUCUUAUCCGGGGGGAGCGUGUGCACUCCACAAGCGUCUCUGGAGCUUGGCAUACGUAGCUAGGGUUUUGAUCGCUCUCGAGGAGGAUUUGGAAGGAGAAAUGGCCCAGUUUGGUGUGGGAGGGAUCGCGUUGCAAGCCCCUCAAAGGCCACUCUUCUUGAGCGCCGAGAAGAAGCAGCAGCAGCAGGAUGGUGGAGGGUUCUUGGACUGGUUGCUCAAGGGAUUGGACAAGGAAACUUUCUCGGAGAAGGAUCCGGUUUUGAACCAGGGCGAUGGAAAUGAUCGAUCCAAUGGAGCUGCGUCGUCAGCGGUGCCAUCGAGCAAGCAGAAGAAAGGAGCAGGGACAGCAGCAGCGCCCUCCAAGGGUGGCUUCUUGGGAGGACUUUUCGGAAAGAAGGAUUGAAUUGUAGACUUCCUUUAGUGCGUAAAAAGAACGCUUCUUGUCAGUAAAAAGAAACGUUUCUUGCUCUCGGCUGUUUGUCCCUGGGCUCUUGCUGCAAUCACAGAAGAAUUGUAAA